AUGGACGUUUUGGUCGCAGAAAUAGCCCGUAAGCGCAAGUCGCUUCAGGAGAAUGAACUCAUAACCACGGAAAAAAAAUAUUUCAAGCGCUCAGAACUAGCAAAAGUGGAAGAGCGCGAAUAUAAAACUAAGUGCAAAUACAGAACUAAUAUCGUUCUGGCAGAAGACGAUGCAAAUUAUUCCAGUCUUCUACAGUCGACACCAGAAGAAAAUUUGCUUCUUAAGAGAAUGGAAAGAGAACGCGAAGAAAAGGCGAAAGGAAAACUGAUGCCGAGGAGGGAGGUUAUCAAGCUACUUCGAGAAAGAAACCAACCAAUUAGGCUUUUUGGGGAGUCGGACUUCGACACGUUUCAGCGUCUGAAGAGAAUUCAACUGCUUGAGCCAGAGUCGAAGGGCUUGCGGAACGACUUGCUUGCUGCCAUGGAUAAGGUAGAUGAGGAUGAGGACGAAGCUGUUUUUGGCGAAGUUCGGAAUAAUGCAGCAACGGCCGCCACCUCUGAUGGAGGUGCGAAUCUGGAAGUUGCCAUCAAAAGGGACUAUAUUUCUCCAGAGGAAAUGGGGGUUUUGAAGGUUACGUUGUCCUCGUAUGUCAUGAUGCGUGAACCAAACGCUACUGAUGAUGCAACGGCAGUUGCUGCGAGUUUUGCUCGAGCAACAGAUAUGCAUCAUGUCAAUAAAACAAGUGACCGUGCCGCCAGGGAAGAGGUUUCUGACCAUGUUCUGCGAUAUUUAAAGUUUCUUCUUUCACAAUGGGGAACGCACUUGAAUCAGCGUUCCAGAGAAGUUAAACAAUCAUACUCCGGCAAGAUGGCUAGUGCAACAUACAACCAGACCUUGGAAUACAUAAAACCCUUAUUUAAACUACUGAAAACGAAGCGUUGUCAAGAUGAUAUCCUCGACUCUCUUGUCAAGGUGGUUGUUUUGCUCAUGGACAGAAAUUACUUGAAGGCAAACGACGCCUACUUGGAUUUGGCGAUAGGCAAAGCACCUUGGCCUUUGGGUGUCACUAAUCACGGCAUCCACCAGCGUACAGCGCAGGACAAGAUUCACGCCAAGAACGUCGCUCACGUGCUCAACGACGAGACGCAGCGAAAAUUCAUUCAAGGCAUCAAGCGAUUGAUGACCCGUGCUCAAGAAUUCUUCCCAACAGACCCCUCCAGAUGCGUCAACUACAUGAAACGGCCUUCAAGUGCUUUUGAUGCCGUGGCUUAG